AUGUUCGGAUUUUUCUCCAAAUUAAUUUUUUCUGCUUUUUUGUUACUGUCCAGUGGUGCUCUCCGCCUUCCCCUCGAGCACCGCGGCGCUUCAGCAAUCUCACCAACUGUCACCGUGAACCAGACGAACGCGAACAGCUACUACGGGCUCACCUAUGUUGGCAGCAUCUAUACUGUGACGGUUCAUAUCCAGGGAGCGCCGUACCACGUCGCGCUUGGUACUGGGAGCUCAGACCUCUGGGUGGAUGCCACUCUGCCCGGCAUCGUCAAUACAGGUUACAACUACAGUUCCACGUAUGCUGACGGAUCCCCGGUCGCUGGACCGAUCGUGCUUGGAAAUGUCUCACUCGGCGGGUACACCGUUGAGGGACAGGCCCUUGUGUCUUCUGUUGCAAGCAAUUAUACGGUCCACGGUAUCAUCGAUGGGUCUCUAGGACUUGGCCCAUCGAAUUAUUCUCUGAUACACCGAAUAUUGGGGAACACCUCGUAUGAUGGCACACCAUUCAUGAACAACGUAUUCGACUACGGAUCCGAUCAAGACCCUUAUUUUACUGUCCUGCUCGCACGACCGGAUUUCGUCGACUCUCCUGGAGGAAACUUUACCAUAUCGGAACUCGUGGACGAGUACGCGGCGAUCUCGGAGGCACCUAAAGUUCCUGUAGUUGCGGACUCCUGGCUCACGUUCUUAGACGGCAUAUACGUGAACGGCGAGUUCCUCACUGGCCAUUCGGGCGGGUUGAAUGGCACCCCGUGGAUCGCACCAAACGCGAACCAGACAUUCGCUGUUGUUGAUACCGGUACGACUACCACGGGCGCGCCGCCUUAUUAUGUUGACGCAAUGUAUGGGGGCGUCCCCGGCGCGAAGUUCGUCGCGGAAUUUGGCGGGUACGAGCUGCCAUGCACGACGAAGUUGAACAUCAGCAUGAAGUUCGGCGAAGCCAUCUACCCCAUCGAUCCGCUCGACGCCAUCAUGCCCAGAAUCGCUUCAGACGGCAGUGUUUACUGUGUCGGCUCCAUCGUGUAUAACCCGAAGUCAUCAGGCACUGACUUCCUUCUGGGCGAUACGUUCCUGAGGAACAUCUACGCCCUGUUUCACUACGGCAACUGGACCAACAAGGCGGAGUACGGGCCGUACAUGCAGUUCCUCUCCAUCACGGAUUCGAACAAGGCGUGGGGGCAGUUUGAAGGCCUGAACACGCUCCGCAUCAUGGAUUUCAAGUCGCAGGUCAGCCAAAUAUCGGCGCCGAUCUCGUCAGCAAGUUCCCGCGUGGUCCCAAGCAUCGCCGUUUCAUCUUCGCUCGCCAUCUCUAGUACCAACAUCCCGUCUACUGCUUCUGCGGCCUCCAGGGAAGCUGCGCUCACCUCUCCAUCCGGUGUCAUCACUUCCAACGUCCCUCUCGCGACGAGUUCCUUGGACCCUACGACGCACAGCAGGAGCACUACGCUGUACCUUCCCAUAGCCUCCUCAGAAACAGCAGAAAAUUUUCCAGAGUCCGUCACACACGAAGACCCAGCUCCGACAGGCAUUCGUGCGAACCGCAUGACCUCGCUUCGGCGCCCACACUUCACCGCCCGGCCAGAGGAAGAGCCCGAGGAGCACGAAGAGCUCCUGUCUGCACUCGUCAGUACCACCAGCUCACCUGUGGUCGACACGAGCCAGCUCGCGCGCAACGCAUACAUCAUCAUUGGCCUGGUGAUCAUGACGCUCCUCGUGCUUGUCGCGAUUGUUGCGAAGCUUGUAUUAGAUGGGCGUAUCCCGCGGUACCACGCAGUGCGGAAUAUGGAGUAUCCCCCAGCACCGUUCAACGACCAGCCAUAUCAGCCGAACGAGGAUUCCAGGGUACCGUAUAAUGACCGUGCGCGGCGACAUUGA